AUCCACUCACUGGCUGAGAAACCCACAGAUCUUGUGCUACCCUUCAUCUUGCUCCUGAACACCCAUAACUGAGAUGUCCUGCCAGCAGAGCCAGCAGCAGUGCCAGCCUCCUCCCAAGUGCACCCCCAAGUGCCCUCCCAAGUGCCAGACCCCGAAGUGUCCACCAAAAUGCCCCCCUAAAUGCCCUCCCAAGUGCCCCCCUGUGUCUUCCUGCUGUAGCCUGGGUUCUGGGGGCUGCUGUGGCUCCAGCUCUGGUGGCUGCUGUAGCUCUGGAGGCUGCUGCAGCUCAGGGGGUGGAGGCUGCUGCUUGAGCCACCACAGACCCCGCAGAUCUCUUCAUCGCCAUCGUCACAGCUCUGGAUGCUGUAGCAGUGGUGGCAGCAGUGGCUGCUGUGGCAGCAGUGGUGGCAGCAGUGGCUGCUGUGGCAGCAGUGGUGGUAGCAGUGGCUGCUGUGGCAGCAGUGGUGGCAGCAGUGGCUGCUGUGGCAGUAGCCAGCAGUCUGGAGACUGCUGCUGACAAGUGCCAUGAAGAUCUCAAACAUUCUAUGCAGAGGAAGCCAUGUUUGGAAGACCAGCCCAUGUUUUCUGCUCUCCUUUUCUUCGGUCCUUCAUGUCUUCAUCUGUGAAAUGCUGAAAUUCUAUAUCAAGUUCUAAAACUGUCCCAAUGACCUAAUCCCUUUCUUCUUCAGUAUUUUGUGAUAAUAAAGUCUUCUUUAUUGAGUCU